UAACAAUGUUGGAUACAAUGCGAACGCUGCAGUUUCAUUGGUUUAUCAUUACAGAAAAGGCGUGGUUAAAUCUAGUUGAUUCUGUUGAUUAUGAAACGUCAACGUCAUCGAUACAUAAGACGUCAAAUGGUGGCUGAAACCUAUGACAUUGCAGUAGGCUUUCGAUUAUUUGCAAAGACGUAGCUAGGCUGGCAUAUUUUUCACAAUGAAAGGGUGAGAGAUUGGCUAUCGAACAUUCAGAAUGGCCGGCGCCCGCGCCUUCGGCUUCAAGGAAUGUCGGAAGAUUGGAGGCUCUCAAAUAAGAAAUCUUCUCAAUGCAAAAGAUUUCUUCCUUUUCGAUUGCGAUGGCGUGAUAUGGCACGGAGAAAAGGCAAUAACUGGUGCGCCUAAGGUGGUGAGUUCUUUGAUCAAACACGGCAAAAACGUGUUUUUCGUUACAAACAAUUGCACUAGGCCACGUGAGAAUUACGUGAACAAAUUCUACCGUCUGGGCUUUACUGAUGUAAUGCAAGAGCAGAUAUUCAGCUCAUCGUAUUGUUCGGCGCUUUACCUGAGAGAUGUCGCUAAGGUGCAAGGUAAGGUGUUUGUCAUCGGCGGAGAGGGAGUGCGUAAUGAACUGUUAGAGGCUGGCAUUCCUUUCGUUGGUGAUGAAGACGCGCCUGACGGCACUAUAUUUAACUGUGCAUUGGCCUCAGAUGUCAAAGCGGUCCUUGUUGGACAUGAUGACAAUUUUACCUUCCUUAAAUUGGCCAAAGCCUCCUGCUAUCUGCGGGAUCCAAACUGUCUGUUUUUGGCCACUGAUGUGGACCCCUGGCACCCGCUGCAAGAUGGAAGGAUAUUACCAGGUUCUGGGUGUCUGACAGCAGCGCUGGAGGUGGCCACAGGUCGGAAGGCCAUGGUGAUAGGCAAGCCCAGCCCCUUCAUGUUUGAGUGUAUCUCCAGCCAGUUCAGAGUGGACCCAGCCCAGUGCCUGAUGGUGGGUGACCGCCUGGAGACAGACAUGCUGUUUGGGGCCAACUGUGGCCUGGAUACCAUGCUUACACUCACAGGGAUCUCUCAGAUGAAGACGGCCCAGGAGUACAGAGACAGUGAUCACUCCACAAACCAUAACUUUGUGCCAGACUAUGUAGUGGAUACUAUUGCUGACUUCUUACCUGCUUUUGAGGACUGACUUUGUUUCAGAUGGUGGUGUUGUCGGUUCACCAGUGUUGAGGGACUCCGCUGUUAUAACUCCGACUGUUCAAAGUAUUACUGAGGUUAUGUUUAAGAAAAACAGUUGUAGGAUCAUGAGUGAAAUGUUACUUCUAUAUUCCAGUAUUGGUUGUAAGAACUACUCAUCCCAGGUAAUGCCGUUUGUUAACAGAAAAGGUUCUAGCAAUCAGAGGUCUCAAUAAUGUUGACAUGUUUGGCAGUGCAUUUAGGCCUACUGUAAAUAAUCCAAUGUAUUUUUGUUGUGACGUGUAUAGUGGUGUAAACAUGUUAUGCUGUUUGUGUUCCAGAUAUCCCUUAUGGGUUUUAUAAGAACAUGUGAAAAUCCAUAUUUCUGAAUGGCCUGUGACUGUUGCAGACUAGCACAUUGAUAUGCAAGAUACAAUGAUGGCUUGAGGCAAUCAAUGCACAAAUAGUAUUGGAGAACACUUGAAGAAAGUUGAUAAUUACAGUCUUUUCAAUGUUUUAUGAUCUUGUAAGUCAUCUAAUACAACUGGUGCCAGUACUAUUGUCAGCUGAACUAUCCCUGUUGUGAAUUAUUUUGCUGGAAGACUGAAAUGUGAGAUUUUUUACAUUCAUAUUAGACUACUAAUUCCCUUGGGUGUGGUGUUUGACAUGUAUUGUCAGAUUCAAUAAAUUAUUAAUUUUGA